AUGGACGGCGGCAAGCUGCAAACAGGCGACAGCACUACCAUCGUUCACACUAUAAAUGAUAAUAUUUCCAUAACUGUAACAGAGACUGUUGAUAUUAAUACCGGUAGCACUAGUACGUUAGUUACAGACACUCUCACUCCGAAUAGAAUAGAACUAGAGGUGGCUCUUUCAGAUGGGCAAACACAAUACUCGAACACUUCAACUACUCAACUCAAUCCAAUAGACUUCCAAGAAGACAGUAUAUCAAAAGACUCUCCUUUCGCCUUUACUAUCACCCAACUGUCAUCUCUCGUAGACCCGAAAGACAUAAUACGUUUAAAAAAUCUCGGGGGAAUCGAUGGUAUCGUGAAAGGACUUCAUACUGACCUUCAUGCCGGAAUAUCAAACGACGAAAUAGCGUCAUUAGAACCAAUAACUUUAGAAGAAAUAUUUGGAAAAAAACAAUCAGAUGCUACAAAUCAUACAUCACCUGCGACAUUAACCACUCCUUUUGAACAACGAAUAAGUGCGUUUGGUGUCAAUGUCCUUCCCACCCGUAAACCAAAGUCAAUAUUCGCGCUAAUGUGGAUAGCCAUGCAAGAUAAAAUAUUAAUCUUACUCGCCAUUGCUGCUGUUAUAUCCCUUGGGUUAGGGUUGUACGAAGAUUUCGGAGUCAAGCAUCCUGAUGGAGUACAACAACCAAAGGUAAGUUGGGUCGAGGGAGUAGCCAUCAUUGUGGCUAUAUUUAUCGUAAUCAUGGUCGGCAGUGUAAACGAUUGGCAGAAAGAAAAACAAUUUCAAAAACUGAAUGCAAAGAAAGAGGAUAGAGAUGUUAAAGUUAUUAGAGAUGGUAAAGAGCAGCUGCUGUCAGUACACAAAAUUCUAGUUGGCGAUUUGUUACAAUUGGAACCUGGCGAUAUUAUUGCUGUUGAUGGAGUAUUAGUCAGUGGUCAUAAUCUCAAAUGUGACGAAUCGGCCGCUACUGGAGAAAGUGACGCUAUUCGAAAAUUAAAAUAUGACGAUUGCAUAAGCGAUUCGGAUGUAAAGGCCGACCCAUUCAUCAUAAGUGGCAGUAAGGUCAUCGAAGGUGUUGGUACCUAUAUUGUCACAACAGUAGGAGUUAAUUCGUAUCACGGGCGUACCAUGAUGUCCCUUAGAACUGAACCAGAAGAUACACCGUUACAGGAGAAAUUAAACGAUCUCGCAGAAAAAAUAGCGAAAUUGGGAGGAGCAGCAGCAUUGUUAAUGUUUGUUGUGUUGUUGAUCAAGUAUUUUGUUGCGUUUAAAGACGGCGUCCCUGCGGCUACGACAGUUGUUGAAUCUCUGACACGAAUUGUAAUAUCGACUGUUACUGUCGUUGUCGUGGCUGUACCUGAAGGAUUACCAUUGGCUGUUACACUAGCUCUCGCGUUUGCUACAACGCGUAUGUUGAAAGACAACAACCUCGUCCGUGUUCUCUCGGCCUGCGAAACAAUGGGCAAUGCUACAACAAUAUGUUCUGACAAGACGGGCACCCUCACUCAAAACAAGAUGACGGUCGUCGCCGGCACAAUUAGCCAAUCGGUCUCGUUUGUAAAGGAUCCCGUAGCACAUUCGCAAUCGCUCAAGAACAGGCCGCCUACACUAUCCAUCAAACAACUAGAGAAUCCGAUGGCUAUAACCGAUUUGACUAGAACACUUCCUAAGAAUGUUACGCGAAUACUCGAAGAAUCAAUUGCAAUUAAUUCUACUGCGUUCGAAGGAGAAAUUAGGAACGACGGAAAGAUUACUUUUGUCGGAUCAAAGACAGAGACUGCUUUGCUUGAACUUUUAAUAGAGUUGGGCUUGAAGGAAUAUAAAAAAUUGCGCGAGGAUGCUCAAAUAGUACAACUUUUUCCAUUCAAUUCCGAUCGCAAAGCGAUGGGAGUGGUAGUCAAAGUCUCUCCAACAACGUGGCGUUUCUACGUCAAGGGUGCCAGUGAAAUUCUUGUCAGUAAAUCCCGAUACAUAAUAGAUAUCGAGUCGAAUACAGCAGACCCAUCAUCUCUCUCUCCCUAUGCAAAAGAUUUGACGCAGGAAAGUUUGGACAUGUUGAAAAAUAUGAUUACGUACUACGCCGGUCAAUCUUUACGCACUGUCGCCAUGUGUUAUCGCGACUUUGAAGAAUGGCCUCCGGCCAAUAUGAACACUGCGAGUGAAGACAAGGCAUUUGAGGAUUUAUUUAAGGAUGUCACGCUUAUUGGAAUCGUUGGUAUAGAAGAUCCGCUGAGAGAAGGAGUUAGGGAGGCGGUACUUAACUGUAAAAAGGCCGGCGUAUAUGUGCGAAUGGUGACUGGUGAUAACGUAUUGACUGCCAAGUCAAUUGCUACUCAAUGUGGAAUAUAUACAGGUGGGAAGAUAAUGGAAGGGCCAGUAUUUAGGAAUCUACCGCCUGCUGAGAGAGAUGCUAUUAUUCCAAAUCUACAAGUACUCGCUCGUUCCAGUCCCGAGGAUAAGAGGAUACUCGUUAGCAGGCUAAAAGAAUUAGGUGAAGUUGUUGCUGUGACUGGAGACGGUACUAACGACGGUCCUGCACUGAAGACCGCCGAUGUCGGGUUCUCCAUGGGUAUUGCCGGGACAGAAGUAGCUAAAGAAGCAUCCGCGAUUAUUCUGAUGGAUGACAACUUUUCGAGUAUUGUUAAAGCCAUAAUGUGGGGAAGAAGUGUAAAUGAUGCUGUCAAGAAGUUCCUCCAAUUCCAAUUGACUGUUAAUGUAACGGCCGUGCUAUUGACAUUUAUUUCUGCAAUAAGCAGCGACGAGGAGAAGUCAGUGUUAAAAGCAGUGCAACUACUAUGGGUUAAUCUAAUUAUGGACACUUUCGCAGCUCUGGCUCUUGCAACCGACCCUCCCACGCCCGAAUUACUUAAUAGGAAACCUGAGCCACGUACUGCUCCACUGAUUUCGUUUGACAUGUGGAAGAUGAUCAUUGGACAGAGUAUAGUUCAAUUGGCUGUUACUCUUGCUCUGCUAUACAAAGGAGGAGCAUGGUUUAAUUACGGGGACGAUCAAUUGCAAACUUUAAUUUUUAAUACGUUUGUGUUCUUUCAAAUAUUCAACGAAAUUAAUUGCCGCCGACUAGACAACAAGCUGAACAUAUUCAAGGGAAUUUGGGCCAAUCAAUUCUUUAUGUUUAUAUUCGUUCUGAUGGUUGGCGGACAAGUUUUGAUAGUUAGCUUUGGCAAAACUGCAUUCCAAGUGACUAGCUUAAAUGGAGUACAAUGGGCUAUUUCAUUAGGUCUUGGAUUUAUAUCUAUUCCAGUCGGAGUGAUAAUACGAUAUAUCCCUAACGCGCCAUUACUACGCUUAGUAUCUUGUUUGAAAAUACCCGGACAGAAGAAAGGAAAGCCAGCUAAACGUUCAGAGACAUUUGGACUUGGUAAAGAUGAGUGGAAUCCUGCUAUUGCUAAUGUAAGAGAGAAAUUAUUCGUCUUUAAGACAAUUCGCGGCGGUAGACUACGCGCGUCUAGAUUACAUAUUGGACACGAUAAAGAGCGAGCAGCCAAGAGAUCAGAUGCGUUCGCUGCAGCAGCCAUGGUUCCUAGUUUAGUCGCUACAUCAGUCGGAGCGGGAUGGUCACCGAAUGCGACGAACAGAUCGUCUCGACAUCAGAGUAUUAUGCAGUUAGAUUUAGGUCAUACGUUGGCUGAAAUACAAAGAAUGAGUACUUCGAGUAGUACUGUUACCGAGAAUAUCGAGAUGCAGAGGAAUAGUAAUUUAAUUUGUGACUAA